GGUCGCGUUACUUUAGCGCGUCGUGUGGACCUAGUUUAAUACGGCUCAAACAUCACCGGCGAAAAACCCAACACGAUCUAAAAAGUCUUCGCUGUUGUCGUCAUCAUCUUCAAACUGCUAACUGCUAUCGCCGAUUACAGUUUCACCGGAGCUAAUUUCAAGCUGUUAUUACUCAAUGGGAUGUUUUGCCAGCAAGAGCGCCGAUUCCAAAGCCAGCCGCUUGUCUAGAUGGCGCGCCACUGGCAUUGUAGCCUUGCGUGACGGUAAAUUGAAGUCAUUUCCAGAUGAAGUGCUAGAGCUUGGAAAAUCUGUACGGACGCUUGAUCUAACACAAAAUAAAUUAGUUGAUGUCCCAGAAGAGAUCAGCAAGCUAAUGAGUAUUCAGAGGCUGAUAUUGGCAAAUAAUGUAAUCGAGCGUCUUCCAAUGAAUAUCGGGAAGCUUCAGUCUAUAAAGUUUAUCAUACUCGAUGGGAAUCGACUUACCACCUUUCCUGAUGAAGUGGGUCAAUUGGUGAGACUUGAGCGGUUAUCUAUAUCUGGAAACCUUUUAACCAGCCUGCCUGAAACCCUAGGAAGCUUGCGCAAUUUGUUGCUACUAAACGUGUCGCAUAACAAACUAAAGGCUCUUCCAGAUUCUAUAGGGAGCUGCUUUUCUUUGGAAGAACUACAAGCAAAUGAAAACUCCAUUGAGGAACUUCCCACUUCGGUUUGCAGUCUCGUUAAUCUGAAGUCACUGUGCUUAGAUCAUAACAACCUGAAACAGAUUCCUCCAAGUUUAUUGAAAGAAUGCAAGACCCUACAGAAUAUUUCAUUGCAUGGCAAUCCCAUAUCUAUGGAUCAGUUCCAACAGAUGGAAGGAUUUCACGAGUUUGAAGAUCGAAGAAAAAAGAAAUUUGACAAACAAAUCGAUUCAAAUGUGAUGAUUGGUUCUAAAGGCCUUGAUGAGGGCGUUGAUCUAUAGUUUGUUAUGUUCGUAUUUUCUGAAGGUAAUACAAAUACCAUUGUUGCUUAUAAAAGUGUGCAGUAAAUAUGAAUAAUUGAUGACAAAUUAAUAAAAUGUGUUGUAAAUGACUCGAUGUAUAAACAUAUUCAAGGAUCAGUUGUAAUAGGUAAGGCUUGUCUUCCUAGUUUUUGAUUGGUCAAAA